AUGUUUCUUGCAAUUCUGCUUUAUACUGUUCAGUUCGCCACGCCAUCACCACUUUUCCCUGAGCAUGUAGACCUACAGAAAAUUGGGGAGGUGAUAUUAAAAAAUGAGAUAUACAACAUUCUGAAACCUACCACUCAUAUUAUAACGGAUCACUUUAAAGAUGUCAUGCUUCGAAGAGAUACUAAUACGAUUCCGUCGAAAAGAGUUUUUAUUGACAAGAAUGGCUUUAGACAUUACUGGAGUGGUUUCGAAGAAGAAGAACCUUUGAGGAAAUUCACUUUACGAAGUAAUGACACUGUUAAAGGAAAUCAAACUGAUAUAUCUGCAGUUAAAGAAGCUAGCAGUACAACAGUCGAUGGAAAAGAAAAUAAUACAUUAACUGUUAAUGAUAAAAAGAAACGUCCGAAAAGAUUAAAAGAUAUUCCCUUAGAACCCGUGACGCCGAGUAGUAUAAUUCUCAGGCAAUCUGAUGCUGGCAAAACUAUGACUAUAGCAAAAACUACAUUCUACUGUCCCUUUAUAGGAGUUUUGACGAUGACAUCACGCUUAGAUUAGAAAUACGUAGUUACUUAGAGAACUCAACAA